CGCGACAUUAACACAUCGUAGUGAAUCCAAUGUUUACAAGUUUUUUAUAGUGCCUUGUGUUUUUGACGAAAUCCGAGACUGUGAGACAGGCAUGCUGAGCUGCGCGCCGCCCGCCGGCAUGCCGCCCGCCCACGCCCCGCACGCGCAACCAUGGGCCGCAUUGCUGCAACCGCCUCCUAUCGUGAAAUCUGAACCUAUGGAAGAUGGUAGUUUCUCGAAGGAACAGACUAGCGGUUUCUACUCUGACGGUUUCCACAGUGCCUCUCCUUCGUCAAGCAAAGAUUCGAACGGGCACUCUCCUCGCAGUGUUGGCAGCGGCGGCGAACCAUUGCCGUUUUAUGAUAACAUGCCUCUGAAAGCUAAAGCUAAUCUCGGUAUGCAUUUAGAAUCCUAUCGUAGCGGAGUCCCCUACAGCUUGCUUACGCCUCCCGGUUUCGAAACCCGAAAUGCCGAAGGGCGUGAUGCUUCGCCAGGAUAUUCGUCUCAAUAUUCGCCAAGAAGUCUCGCGCCACUGACGCACGUGUCGACGCCUCUAAUGCGUGCCGACGCGACGCCGCCAAAAUCUCCGCCCGAAACACCGUCGUCACCCGACAGAGAACAGGAGCGUUUCCAUGACUCCGGGUUCGACGGCGCGCCUCAAGGCAUAAAACAUGACGGCGACGAUGGCCGGGAGGGUUCAGGUUUAGAAGAUGAUUUUGAUGAUGAGCCUGGACUUCGGGUGCCCGCUGUAAACUCUCACGGAAAAGUUAAAACAUUCAAAUGUAAACAAUGUGAGUUUGUUGCGGUAACCAAACUCAGUUUCUGGGAACAUAGUAAAGAGCAUAUCAAACCAGAAAAAAUGCUAUGUUGCAGAAAAUGUCCUUUUGUGACUGAAUACAAACAUCAUCUGGAAUACCACAUGAGAAACCACCUGGGUUCGAAGCCAUUCCAAUGCAGUCAAUGUUCAUAUUCGUGCGUUAACAAGUCCAUGCUCAACUCUCAUCUCAAGUCACACUCGAAUGUAUAUCAGUACAGAUGCGCUGAUUGCAAUUACGCUACCAAAUAUUGUCAUUCUCUAAAACUACACUUGCGCAAGUAUCAACACAAUCCGGCUAUGGUUUUAAACAUGGACGGUACACCAAAUCCUUUGCCAAUAAUUGACGUGUACGGAACUCGUCGGGGGCCGAAGCAAAAACCGAUGUCAAAAAUGUUUGAUCAACAUGCUACUAUAAACAACAAUAAUCAACCUCCUUGUGCUCCUCAGUCACAUUCUUUAUUCGGAGCCGCUCAUUUCCCUGUUAAUCUGCCUUAUUUACCUCCUCUUCUACCUCAUUCUUUCUUAUUUCCACCGAAUAACAACUACGAAACAAGAACUUCGCCCAAAUCAGCAGGCAUCUCGCCGACUGAAAAGCGGCCACCGUCACCACUUCCUUCAAUCUUGCAUCAACGUCUGUCUUACGGGGAGUCAAAUUUGGAUGUUCGAAUGACAACCCCACCUGCCAGGUCUCCAGACGGUUUACCGCAAACACCCACAAUAGAUCAAACCACCUCUACUUUUCAAAGUAACGAUGCACUCGAUCUCACUAAUGCAAAAACAACCGAAAGUGAAUCGCCGCCGCCAUCAGCUGAACAGCCGACGCCCGUCACUCCUACCACGGCUUUGAAAAACAGGAGAAAAGGGCGCGCUUUCAAACUGCAACCUGCGGCACUGCGGCUGCAGCACGAGGACGAACGCCGAGCUGCGCCGCCCUCCGACUCGGAGUCGGACGCCUCCACCGACGCGGCGCCCGCGCCCGCGCCCGCUCGUGCCCCCGCUUACAGCUGCCACUACUGCGACAUCACUUUCGGGGACCUCACAAUGCACACUAUCCACAUGGGUUUUCAUGGCUACAACGAUCCCUUCAUGUGCAACAAGUGCGGCGAGCGUAGCGCCGAUCGUGUGGCAUUUUUCAUUCACUUAGGCCGCGCACAACACUCCUAAGAAAUAAAUUAUAUUAUUUCCUCCUAGUCCACGAUUUCAUGUAACACUUGUAGCGAUUAGAUAUAUUUCAAAUUAUAUAUAAAUUAUUCUUAGUAUUCUAAUGAAGGUAUUAUGGGUUGUAAAUCAAUAGGAAAUUUGUAUAGAUAUAAAACCAAAGAUAAAUAAUAUGCUUACGGAUUACAAAUAAGUCUACGGGUCAGAACAUAGAAUUCUUAUUUAUUAUUAUGUGAACUGGUACGACGAUAAAGAACAGCUGUACCUAAUCAUUGUACAACUCUUAACCUAAUAAAUGUUCCGUAAAAUCUAAGUAGGUACUCAUAUUAACGUGCUUGUAGGUAGGUAGUAGGCAAAUGCAAGUUAAGUUGUGAAAGUAAGUAUUAUACAGAGCAUAGCUGUAGUUACGUAAAACCCUGUGUUAAAAUAUUUAGUUUAGAUAGGGUAUAGAUUUGAAUUCGAGUAGAAUCUAGAGUGACCAAUUUGUAAACAAGACUGUAAUCUUGGUUAAGUACAAAACGAAAUAGCAUUAGCUAAUUUCAACGUGCAUGUUUUAGGCAUUUACUUUAACUUACAUUUAAAUGUGUAAAAAUGUACAUUCGCGGUAAAGUUACCUAUCAGACGCACACAACGAGCGUGAUGCUCUGAAAUACAUAAGUGUAAAUUAUUUACCCAAGUACCUACCUAAUUUAAUAUUAAUAAGUUAAUUAUAACUGUAUAUUUCCGUAGGCUGCAUGUACGGAAAUGACCGUGACAAAUUGUACCUAUUUAUAUUAACCUUAAAAGAGUUUAUUUAAUUUAUUUAUCCUCAUUAAGUUUAUCUCGUGUAAAAUGUGGUUAAAAAUCGGUAGCUGCGUAAUGUCCUAUUUUACAUUGUAUGACAGUAUCUUGCAUUGUAUACAUUGUAUAUUAUUAAUAUUAUUACAUAGGACAGCUUUCGCUUUAGAGUCACUAAUGACAUGUAAUUAUGACUUGAUAAUAAAUGGAUAGCUGUUGGUAGAACGCCCCGCGCCGCUCAAGGCCCUGACGAGCGACGAGGGGAAUGGAGCGACAGCGGGAGCGGAUGAGCCGCUAUCUAUCCUAUAUAAUAAUAUACAUGCGAUCCACGCAUUUUUUGUGUAUAUUUGACACGAAUUUAAUUGUUUUGUGUUGUAUGGAAACUUUUGUUUGUGUGCCGAAAAUGUGUAUUAAUAAAAUAAAAAUGUUUUGUCGA